GUGAGGCAAGGAAACUUCAGCUCAACAAGUUAGAUGAAUGGAGGAAUCACGCUUACGAGAAUGCCCGCACCUACAAAGAAAAAACCAAGGCAUGGUAUGAUUCUCGAAUUGCUGGGAAGGAGUUCAAGGAAGGAGAUAAGGUGUUGCUCUUUAAUUCUCGCCUAAUGCUAUUUCCUGGGAAAUUGAAAACCAGAUGGAGCGGACCUUUUGAGGUGGCUAAGGUAUUCCUAUAUGGAGCAAUCGAACUACAUAAUGAUGAUGGGAGUACAUUCAAGGUAAAUGGACACCAGUUGAAACAUUAUAUUGAAGGAGAGCAACCCAUCCACCAUGGGUUCGUUCUCUCCUUAAAACCACCAUGA